CUCCUGACUAAGAUGGUAACACGGAAACAUUUUUCAGACACACGUGAAUUCAGAUGAACUGUUAAUAACAGCAAUAAAAUGGAUUUCAUUGGGGUACCAGUCUCAGAAGAUACGACCAAUACAAAGAAUAAAGUAAAAAAGACAAUGAAACGGCAAAAACCUUUCCAGGAACCGGUUGAUAAUGGUUCCGUAGAAGAGUCGGAGUCUGCAGGGUCCUCGUUCCCUCCUACAUUCAGCUUGUCGACAAUAAAAAAUAAACAACGCAGACACCUAAUGUUCAUGAAGCUCAAGCAAGAGAAACGGAAGCAAAAAUUGGAAUUGCGGAAGAAAAGAAAAAAGGAGAGAGAUGCACUUGGAGACAAGGCACCACCAAAAGAUGUUCCAAAGACGAUUGAGAAUCAGAGAGUAUAUGAUGAGACAACAGUAGACCCAGAGGAUGAGGAAGUAGCUUUUGAUGAAGGGACAGAUGAGUUCUCAGCUUACUUCAACAAACUGACAAACCCGAAAGUUCUUAUUACGACAUCAGACAGACCAAGAGGGAGAACUGUGCGGUUUUGUGAGCAGUUAGCGACAGUAAUACCAAAUGCACAUGUGUACUACAGAAGAGGCCUUGCCCUGAAGAGGAUCAUUCCUCAAUGUGUAUCACGAAACUUCACAUACCUUAUGGUCAUUAAUGAGGAUCGAAAAGUGCCAAAUGGCAUGGUUCUCUGUCACCUUCCUGAUGGACCCACUGCACACUUCAAAGUGAGCAGUGUUCGACUUCGCAAAGAGAUGAAGAGAAGAGGAAAGGACCCAACAGAACAUCACCCUGAAGUCAUUCUGAACAACUUCAGCACCAGGCUGGGCCACUCCAUCGGCCGCAUGUUUGCUGCGUUAUUUCCUCAUGAUCCACACUUCGUUGGUCGACAGGUCGCCACUUUCCACAACCAGCGUGACUUCAUUUUUUUCCGGUUCCACAGAUACAUCUUCAAGAAUGAGAAGAGAGUAGGAAUUCAAGAACUAGGACCCCGUUUCACCCUUAAGCUCCGCUCUCUGCAGAAAGGAACAUUUGAUUCCAAAUUUGGGGAGUAUGAAUGGGUUCAUAAGCGCCAUGAAAUGGACUCCAGCAGAAGAAAAUUUCAUCUUUGAAGACUUAUGAGGGAUAAUACAGCAGAGAUGUGAUAAAUCAGUAUUUGAAAAAUAUUUGAAGUGAAACACAUUGACUUUUGUUAUUGUAAAUUGUGCAUCUCUGUUUAUACAUGUCUGGUGACCAGUCCAUUAUGAAAUUUACUGAUGAGAUGAAACAGAAAUGGGGAUCUCAGAGUCUGCUAGCAAAAUCUAUCACAAGAAAUAGCUGGAAGGCAAACUGUAAAGUAAAUGUAUAUUAAAAUAAGUACUGUAUCUA